AUGGUAAUGAAUAUUGCUAGUGGAAUGAGAAAAAUACAUGAACAUCGAAUGAUACAUAGAGAUAUUCGACCUGAUAAUAUUCUUGUAAAUGAAAAUUAUGUAGCUGAAAUUGGUGAUAUGGGAAUAGCACGUGUUAUUGAUCCUUUAAAUCAUCAUACACAAAUUGGAUGUGCAUCAUAUAUGCCACCAGAAUUCUAUCAUGGUACUUAUGAUCAAAAGCUCGAUAUUUUUACAUUUGGUUUAACAUUAAAUGAACUUUUUACUUAA